CAGAAUUUCAUGCUUGUGAUUUGCAUCGUUGGAGCCUUGGAGGUUGUGUAAGAUUUAAAGUCCAAAAAGAGACUCUGCCUUGACAGUCAAGCUCCUGGACCUUUUCAGAGCUACUGUAAUAGUUGGUCCGAUAGCUCAAAGCCCAAAUUCAGUAACAACAGGCCUGAAUUUAGCCCAGCGGGUUGUUUGAGGUCCAAUAUAAGAUUUUGUGCAAUUCGUAACUCUUGUAUUGUAAUUGUAGCAGCAGAAAGAAAGAAACAGAGAGAUUUUAAGUUUUAAGAUUAUUUUGAUUUUUAUUAGAAGGUAAACGAAAGAGAAAUAGGAGUCAAGUAAGUAUGACACAAAUGGGACGGUUUCUAAGGGAAUGGCCGAUGUUGCAUGGUCAAUACAGCAUUUCCGCUGCAUUCCAUCGACUACUUUCCUCACCGACAAUCUCACUAACACCGAAAGCCACUGUACGUCGACGUUUUAUGUCGACAACAGUGCAUUCAGCUAAUAAUCACCGUAACGUCCAUAGCCGAUCGAGCGGCCUCAGAUUGCCCAACGCUCCCACUCCGUCAGAUGAUAAGGGCAGCAGCUACUCAGACUCAGAUGAACAAAGGAGCCGAAACCAAUUGAAGCGCCAAGCUCGUCGUGCUGUCCGCUGGGGAAUGGAGCUCGCUUCCUUCUCCACCCCUCAAAUUAAACGUAUCCUCAGUUGUAGAGCGGCUUCUCUUGACAACGACGUCUUCGAAGCUCUUGUCCUGGUGAAGAAACUGGGCCGUGAUGUCCGAGAAGGAAAAAGAAGGCAGUUCAAUUAUAUUGGGAAACUGCUACGGGAUGUAGAACCUGAGUUGAUGGAUGCAUUAAUCCAGGCCACAAAGGAUGGUGACCAGAAUAAGCUACAGGGUUUAUGUGGUCCAGAGACACUGAUUAUUCAAGAUGAUGACGAAGAGUUUGAAGAAACUGAUGCUGAGGAGGAAGAGGAGGGAUCUCACAAUGAUAUAGCUACAAGAUGGUUUGAUGGUCUGGUCAAUAAAGACGUUGAAAUCACCAACGAAGUAUAUUCAAUACAUGAUGUUGAGUUUGAUCGCCAGGAAUUGCGAAAACUUGUUCGAAGAGUGCAUUCGGUUGAAGAACACAAAGUUGCUGCAGAGGAAAAUAAGGGAGAAAUAGAUGCGGCCGUUGUGCGUGCCAGAAGGUCCCUCACCCGUUUCCUCCAUGCCAUUGCCAAGCAAAUUUCUACUGCCUGAUAGCUGAUCUGUAAAAUGUUGCGAUGUAAACUCAGUGCCAUUCAGUUGUUAUAGUCAACGGCUGCAUUUUUUCUCAAUAGACAGAGCCAAUUCGUUUCUAUA